GCACCGUGCCUGGCAGGAGCCCACGGCUUCAGAUCCAGCAACACUGACAAUGACGCGUGUGGACGAGGGUCGAAGAUUUCUCUCCCUUCAAUAAAAACAGACAUACUGAAGCGAGGGAUGAACGGAGGUGACUCACUGGGAAACAUUUCACUUCACUGACCGAGCUUUUACUCCAGCGUGACUUCAGUUUAAGAAGAUAGAGAAGCUGAAAACCCAUUUCGCGAGCUGUUUUGCAUAGUACAGCCUUGGGCGCAUGAAGUCUGGGAUAUAUUUCCCACCCUGCUCAGUUCCUCCAGCGACCUUGCAAUGUGUGCGCUUUGAUUUUACAUUUAAAGGAUGUGUAGGUUUUUCUCUGUGACUGAGGAGUGCCCGUUUGAAGAGAUAUCCACCUUUUCCUGCAAGAUGUGUUGAGCGCCAAAGGGGGCUGAGAGCGGCUGGUGUCAUCAGGGGAGGGGAGGGGGGGAGUCUUCACUGCGCAGACAAGCGGCAGACCGUCUCUGCGCUACCGCUCGUCUCCUCUGAUCCACAGCAGACAGACAGGCAGUUUCAGGAAGAAGAAGUGAGUGAAGGAGGAGGAGAGGGUCUCUUUUAGGGCUGGAAAUCUGGAAAUAUACGGCGGUAAAAUGACGAUGUCUGUCCCCGAGAGGAAAUCAGGAUCGGAGGGGAAAGAGGAGGAGAGCGAGGAUGAGAGUGAGAUCUUGGAGGAGAGCCCGUGCGGACGCUGGCAGAAACGGAAAGAGCAGGUGAGCCAAGGUAAUGUCCCGGGUGUGGAAAGUGCGUCUCUGGCCAUGGACACAGAGGAGGGCGUGGAGGUGGUGUGGAACGAGGUGCUGUUCUCUGACAAGAAGGUCUUCAAAGCACAGGAGGAUAAGAUCAAGGAGAUGUUUGAGAACCUGAUGCAGGUCGAACACCCGAACAUCGUCAAGUUCCACAAGUACUGGCUGGACAUGAAGGAGAGCCAGGCGCGGGUCAUAUUCAUCACAGAGUACAUGUCGUCUGGCAGCCUCAAGCAGUUCCUGAAGAAGACAAAGAAGAAUCACAAGACGAUGAAUGUGAAGGCCUGGAAGAGAUGGUGCACCCAGAUUCUCUCUGCCCUCAGCUAUCUGCACUCUUGCGACCCUCCGAUAAUCCAUGGCAACCUGACGUGUGACACCAUCUUCAUCCAGCACAACGGCCUCAUCAAAAUUGGCUCAGUUUGGCAUCGGCUUUUUGUAAAUGUGUUUCCAGAUGCAAGUGUGCAUGGUAAAGGGAGGCAGCACCGCGACGAGCAGAGGAAUCUGCAUUUUUUUGCUCCAGAAUAUGGAGCUGGCGAAGAUGAUUACGCCAUAGACAUUUUCUCCUUCGGCAUCUGCGCUCUGGAGAUGGCAGUGUUGGAGAUCCAGGCUAAUGGUGACACUGCUGUAUCCAAAGAGGCCAUCAUCAAUGCAGGUCAAUCUCUGGAAGAUCCUCUCAUGAGAGAGUUCACGCAGUCUUGUUUGCGCCACGAAGCCAAGCUCCGUCCUACGGCUCACGACCUUCUGUUCCAUCGAGUCCUGUUCGAGGUCCAUUCCCUCAAACUGCUCGCCGCCCACUGCCUCAUCAACAACCAGUACUUACUUCCAGAGAACUGUGUGGAAGAGAAAACCAAGUCCUUCGAUCCAAACGCUGUCAUGGCCGAAAUCAAACAUGAAGACAGACAAGGAGUUCAGCUCAAAUAUUCUCACGUGUCCCCUCUGGAACUGGACAAGUUUCUAGAAGAUGUCAAGAAUGGGAUUUACCCUUUGAUGAACUUUGCCUCGUCUCGGCCUCAUCCUGUCCCCCGAGCCCUGUCCCUGUCUCAGGAGCAGGUGGAGACGGUCAAAACGCCGACACCUGAACCCCAGGAGACAGAGAGCAGGAAGGUUAUUCAAAUGCACUGUAACCUGGAGUCAAUUGAAGAAGGGACCAAAACUCAUCUCUCUUUGUUUCUGAAGAUGGAUGACAAACUUCACCGACAGCUUAGCUGUGACAUCCUUCCAACCGACACCUCAAAAGACCUUGCCAGUGAGCUUGUUCACUACGCCUUCAUAACUGAGGAGGAUAGUGAGAAGGUAGCAGGGUUCCUCGAGGAUGCCAUCAACCGACACCGGGUCCGAACGCUCGCCUCUGGGAGCACACAGUGAGGAACGGGUCACAACUGCUGGCCCAGACUGAGGGGCCCAGGUGCCCAAAUGGGUCAAAUAAAAAGGGUAAGGCAGUGGUCAGAAUCACACAGCCAGGAAAAGAGAGAGAGAGAGAGCGAUGGGAGCUGACCCAGCUGAGGGAUAAAUAUGGGACAAAUACAGAAGGAUGCUGGGUCAUGACAGUCAGUAAGUCAUCCCAGAGAGACGGAAGAAACUCCAGAGGAAGAAACCCGAGGAUCCUCCUUUAUGAGGGCCGGAGUCAUCAAGGCUGUGUUCAGCAAUCCCACAAAGCAGUGGAAGAUUGACAAACCCCCUGCCUAGAAGGGCUAUUACGCCUUAAUCUAUAUACUGCAGCUUAGGUUUCCAUAAUGCCACUUUUUCAGAGCGGAAAUGUUUUACAUCAAAUACAGCAGAAAGACAUUUAAUGCUCUUAAACCUUGUUUGCACUCCAAUAUCUCCUUAAAUUUGUGAUCAUUUACUUUUAAUUACACAUAAAAAAAAGCCGACCUCCCUUACAAACCAGACCCUUCAGUUUAUUUAAGCGAUUCAGUUCCGUCCAACAUGCACUGUUAACACUCAUGCAGUUCACAUAAUUAUUUCUAUCUAAUGGUGAACAAUAGAAGCUUCGCACAAGCCUGUUCUGUUUCUCUCAACUCAACUCCCUGUACUCUUGGGUGAAAGGUCAUUUCUCCCAGAGCUCCACACACCAUGCCUAAAUGUAGUGACAAGAAUUGAGAUGAUGCCUCUCUUUUAAGCCUGCAGUGCUCUUAAGGGGUUUUCCCUGUGAACGUGUUCUGAAAGCCAAAGAUUUGCAAAGUGCCUGCUAUGGCAAUGUACUUUGGAUAAGAAAAAAAUCCUAAUAAAAUGGCAUCGUACCCAACUGAUACACUUGGAAUGAUACUCAUUCAGGCUGUAUGUAAAGAUGGACGACACAUCUCUAUAAGAGAUGCCACAACCCUCUGCAAUGGGCGCUGGCAUCUUGUGCAUUUGGGGCCAGAGUCUGUACUAAAGGAUGAAAAUUAAACUUUUCAGAAAAAUGUAUAUUUGGACAUGAAUCUACAUGAUACCAACUAAGUAUACUGACAAAAAACCUAUAUGAGAAAAAAUUGUUCCACGUGUAUUUUGAUUUUAAAGUGUGAUCCUUCCCCCCAUCUGUUACCACAGAGAGUGUGGGCUGUAUGACCUACACUGCAGCACGUCAAUAUCUAUUCAUUUUGGCCUCACUUUUGAGAAGCUGUCAAAAUGUCCAUCUUUUUAUACAGCCUUUGUAUAACUUACUAUUUUCAAAAUUAAAUUCGGAAUUAUUACGAAGUCAGCUUUUGUGAAUGUCCAUAUACAGCUGCAGCAAUUGUGUGUAUAUUUAUGGAUCAGUUGUAGUCAAUUAGUUUGGAAGAGCUGCAGCUUGUGUACAAAAAUAUCAUGUGAGUUGAACUCAUAGUUCUAUAUAAAUAGAAGAAAGGGUUUUGGAAAGUUAAGGCUUGUUAAUAAAAUUACCAUAUUGUCAAUAUAUAUUUGUGCUACAUUAUUUUUUCUCAUAUAUCCAAAACCAUGAGAAGAUGAUCUCCUAGUUUUUUUUUUCCAUAAAUGUGUCUUUAGGUGUUUUAGAGGAAAAAUCUUCCCAAAAGUGUCAAAGAAUGCUGCAACGUUUAAAUACUCUUGAAAAUUUGAUAGUGAUAAUUUGUGGUGGUUUCAUGGGCUACACACUAUUAAAUAAAUCUCUGACUCAUGUGUGCAAUAUUUUGCUUCGAACACCUUCUUUCUCUAGUAACACAUCCACUGUAUUUUUUUUCCAGACAUUUUCAGAGUGAACUUCGACACUGAUUGCACUGCAGCCCACACAAACACAAAAAUAGAAUACAUCCCUUAAGCUCUGCCAGGUUUGCUUGGCAAGAAUCCGAUCUUGGCACGUUUGGGUGGAUUUUUCCUUUACAGAACUGGACAGCUGAAACAUUACAGGACUAUCCGAUUGGUCUUCAGCCUUUUACUCGUGUUUGUUUGAUUCACGUAGCCAUGCUUCGUUUGUUAACCUGGGUCUUUGAGGUCACUGAUUUAUACCCGCUGUACAGUCAUGGCUUACAGUACUUACUCUUCUCUGUGUCUUAUUUGUGUGUUUCUAAAGACAAGGGUCCUGAACUUUACAAAACAUUGCAUUACUAGAAGCUGUGGUGUACAUAUUUGUUUGUGGCUGUUGAAGAGGUUUACUUUUCGGCAAACUUUCAAUGCAAAACAGUGCCACUACUGGGCUUAUUUGACCUAUUAAGCUGCAUGUCUUAAUAGCCUACAACCAUCCAGAAAUCUGCAUUUUGCCUUUCUGUCUGUCUCACUUUGGUUCCAGAGAGGACCUGACCAAGAAGAUGAAUGUUUAGACUGUGCAAAUAUGAAAAAAAAAAAUCCAUAUCAGUCUUAUUUUAUGUCUAACUACUUCUUUUCCUGUGAAUUGGUUGAAAUAAACUUGCCUUUGGAUGUGUUCUUAACUUUUUGUUAAAUAUUGUAGCUCCUGCAAUUAAAUACAAUAAACAAUAUGUGACAUAUAG